AUGGAAAAAGACAAUGUUGAUGUAAUAAUCAAAUUAAACGUCGGUGGUACUAAACAUCGGACUACAUUUCAAACAUUAAUGCGUUUACCUUAUUUUAAAAAAUGUCUUGGUAUGGGUUCUUGGAAUGAUGCUCUGCAACAGGAUGUAGUUUUUAUUGAUAGAGAUGGAGGUCUUUUCAAUGAUAUUUUGUACUUUUUGCGGUACAAUGAAGUAUUUACUGACGAUUUGGAGGAGCUUUGCAAUGAAGCAUUAUUUUAUCAGUCAAAAGAAUUGGUAGAUGUUAUUGAAAUUAUGCUGGCUGAAAAGGAAGAUGCCAACAAGAAGGAAUAUAUGCUUAUGGACUUUGAUGAAAUUAGUGCUUUAUCAAACUUGUCAGAAUAUCAAGAAGAUGUAGCAAUUCGGCCUUUAUAUCAAAAUUACGACCUCAUCGCAGCUGUGAGUUACAGAGAAUUACAAUGGGGUUGCGUUCUCCACAAUAAGCUUUUAUCUGAAUGCCAGCGAGAAAAUCAUCACGACUGUGAUCUUCGAACCCAGCCUGCUGAAAUCAGACAAAUGUAUACUUUUACAGAUGAUAUAGAAGGGCAUAUUCUAAAUGCAUACUUGAUAAAUAUGUGGUGCGGCUUGGCACGCCAACUCUUGCUAAGUUCCAAUUAUAUAUAUACCCAGACAUAUUACUUAUUGAAUAUUGAGUUUUGA